AUGGAAUGGCAGUCCAUACCGGUACCAUACCGGCGAUACCGCUAUUUGUCCGGUAUUUCUCCCGAGCGUCGCCCCUUCUCUCCGAUACCCCUGCGGCACCACAAACUCGUCGACAGCUUGCAAUGUCUCCGCCGGCACUACGUACUCUGUGUCGUCCGUCGUAUUGUAGGCAGGAGCAGGCCGUAUCACUGGCACACUGCUGCCUCCUCCACCAUCCACAAAACCCUCUGCCUCAGCAGGUGCUGGCGCCGGCGCUGACGAUGAUGAGCGUUGGUCACCAGCUGCGGGGUCAUCGUUGUUGUUGCUGGGGGGGGAUGGUGUGUUGCUCAUGAGGACGGUUGGUACUGGUGCACACCACCAGCUGUACGCUGUACCGAUUGAGAAGGGUACGCCGGUACACUGCUGUGCU